AAAGAAAAAUAGCGCAAGCAACACCGACCGACUUCCCCUGUAUCUGACAAACAAAACAUAUAAAUCCCCAAAUUCCCAACUCCUCAGUUCUUCCAACGAUCCUCCCAGCAGCUUCUUCAAUUAAUUUCAAUUUCACAGACCCUUCCCAAAUCAAACCCACCAUGCAUUCCAAGCCCCAAACUUUCCAAAUCUUCCUCGAAUCCCCACAACUCCAAAUCCCAACCCAAACCCUAACCCUAUCCCCAAUUCAAACCCCAACUCUCCACCACCUCAAGCUUUCUCUUUUCUCCCAAACCCUUCCCUCCCUCUACUUCACCCUCAAUGGAAAGCCCUUACUCGACUCCACCCCGCUUCUCAGUUCCGAAAUUUUCCCCCUUUCGACCCUAAUUUUGCAAUUUAGAGCUCCCGGCGGAGGCGGCGAUGGCGGCGCCACCGGGGCCGAGUCGAGGGAUUGCUAUCUCAACAUGUACGCCGAGAAAAAGCCUGACAAGGUCGACCCGUACGAGCAGAGACUCUCCAAGUUUCUGAACUGCGCCCUUUCCAAUGAGCCAUUGAAGGAUCCUUGCGUUGUGGAUUUGCUUGGGAAUGUGUUCAAUAAGGAGCCUCUGGUUGAGGCCUUGUUGGGGAAGAAGGUGCCGAAAGCUUUCGGGCACAUUAAGGGUUUAAGGGACAUGGUUCCUGUGCAUUUUACUUCGAUUAACUUGCCCGAAUCGGAGUCUCAGGCCACGGCCACCGGACCGAGGUUUCAGUGCCCCAUUACGGGGCUGGAGUUUAAUGGGAAGUCUAAGUUUCUGGCGUUGAGGAGUUGCGGGCAUGUGUUGAGUGCAAAGGCAUUGAAGGAGGUGAAGUCCUCGGCUUGCCUUGUGUGUCAUGUGGGGUUUUCGGAGGAGGAUAAGAUUGUGAUAAAUGGGAAUGAGGAGGAGGUCGCGGCACUGAGGGAGAGGAUGGAGGCUGAGAAGGCAAAAUCGAGGGGGAAGAAGGUGAAGAAGGUGAAAAAUGGGGAGGGGGUUGGGAAUGCGGAGGAGGAGGGUUCGAGGUUGAGUGGUACGAAGCAUGGCAUUGAUGUGAAGGGUGUGGAGAAGGCUUCGGCGAAGGUGGAGGGGAAUGGGAAGAUUGGGAAUGGUGGGGAGAAUGUGAAGGGUGUGAGUAAUGGUCCUGCGGUGAAGAAGUUUAAGGCGGUGGAUGCAGCCCCAGCUAAUGCUACUAAGGAAGUGUAUGCUUCGAUUUUCACUUCGUCGAGCAAGAAGAAGUUUAAGGAGACAUAUUCUUGUAGAUCUCUCCCACUUGGUAGAAACUGAUUGAGGAGUUAGGUGCAGGGUUAUGAGAAUUCUUGUCCAGAUUGGGUGGAUAACUGGAUGCAUAUUGUACUGAUUUUGGGUUUGCUACAAUUGGAAUGCUCAGGGUGUGCUGCUUUGGCAGGGUCCAUUUUUCAUGAACAACAACAAAAGCAACAGCAGUACUAGUUCUAGUGCUAAUGGUGAAUCCUGAUAUUGAUGACCGCUAUCAUGUAGAUGAAAUUAAUGGUCCUGAUGGUGACAUUGGUGUAUGCAAACUAUUGCUAAGGAUGUCUGCGGUUUAUGUAACGAAGUCUGCAGUUGUGUGAGGACUGAGGACGGUUGUUUAAACAACGACCCUCAGCUAAUCGUUUGGGAGUUCAAAGAAGAAGAACUGGACCAAACAGCGGUAGAAGGAGAUGGGGAACUUGAUUUGAAACACAUGAGAACUUAUUCACUGGACAGAGACAAGCUUCUGAAUGAUCUAUCAAUACAGAUGUUGUCUGAAUUUGAAUUGCCUAGUGCUAUAAACUGAGUGCUAUGAAGUGGUUGGCCUUAGCC